AUGCCGAUCCGAGGACUGAAAGCUGCACCCCUCUUUCCCAGGACACCGGCGGGACUAGCUCCAGCCUUUUCGAAGGAGCCGGCGGGGAGCGGGCGCUGGACACGGGUGCGCGGAGUCGUCGCCCGCUCCGUCCAGCUCCAGCUUUUCUUAACCAAAACCUGGACUUCGGCGUUCGCCAGCAACGAAGUGACACUGGACCCGACGUGGGGAGAGGCGGAAAGCGAAGGAGAGCAGGCAGGCAAGCGGGCGGGCGGGCGGCUCCCCCGUCCCGGCCCGUCGGUCCNGCCCGCCCCGGCCGGGGCUGUCUCCCACACCGCUCUUAAUCGCUCGGCUUCCUGGCUAGGCACAUUCAAGUCUGAUGAUGGGGACUAUUUUGUAGAGCCACUCCUAUCGCUUGAGGAACAGGAGUAUGAAGAAGAGCACAAUAAACCACAUCUUGUCUACCGGCACCGGACAUCUCCAACCAACUCUUCAGGGGACAGGCAGACUUGUGAUACUCCAGAUCAUGACCACAGUCACAAAAAGAACAAGUGGAAACACUGGAGAAGGCAGUGGGCAGAGAGCAGUAUAUUGUCUGACGUGGAGAUGUUGAAACACAGCCUGGAAGUAAAUUCUUUUUCUGGGGACAGCAACAAGACGGGGACCAUUGUUGAAAAGAAGAGCCACAAGCGAACCAAGCGUUUCUUGUCCUACCCACGUUUUGUGGAGGUGAUGGUGGUGGCUGACAGCAGGAUGGUCGCCUACCAUGGAGCCAACCUACAGCACUAUGUCUUAACCCUGAUGUCAAUUGUGGCUUCCAUCUACAAAGACCCAAGCAUUGGAAAUUUAAUUAAUAUUGUUAUUGUGAAAUUGGUCGUGAUACAUAAUGAGCAGGAUGGCCCUGCAAUAUCUUACAAUGCCCAGACAACAUUAAAAAACUUCUGCCAAUGGCAGCAGUCCCAAAACCACCCAGAGGGAAGUCACCUUCGGCAUGAUACAGCUGUGCUUGUUACCAGACAGGAUAUUUGUAGAGCGCACGACAAAUGUGAUACUCUGGGUCUGGCAGAACUGGGCACAGUCUGUGACCCAUACAGGAGCUGUUCAAUAAGUGAAGAUAACGGACUGAGCACUGCUUUCACAAUAGCACAUGAACUUGGCCAUGUAUUUAACAUGCCACAUGAUGACAAUCACAAGUGCAAGGAAGAUGGAGGUAAAAAUCAACAGCACGUCAUGGCACCAACACUGAACUUCUACACCAAUCCCUGGAUGUGGUCAAAAUGCAGUAGGAAAUACAUCACUGAAUUUCUGGACACUGGUUAUGGGGAGUGUUUGCUUGAUGAACCUUCAUCAAGAACUUACACAUUGCCUCAGCAGCUCCCAGGGCUGAUUUAUGACGUCAACAAACAAUGUGAGUUAAUUUUUGGACCUGGAUCCCAAGUGUGCCCCUAUAUGAUGCAGUGUCGGCGACUUUGGUGUAUCAACGUCGAUGGUGCUCACAAGGGAUGUCGAACCCAACACACACCUUGGGCUGAUGGGACAGAAUGUGAGCCUGGAAAGCACUGCAGGUUUGGGAUGUGUGUGCCCAAGGAGCGAGAGGCACCGGUGACAGACGGAGCCUGGGGCACCUGGAGCCCCUUCGGGACCUGCUCGAGGACCUGCGGCGGCGGCAUAAAGACGGCGAUUCGAGAGUGCAACAGGCCCGAACCCAAAAACGGUGGGAAAUACUGCGUGGGUCGUCGCAUGAAGUUUAAAUCCUGCAACACGGAACCGUGCUCAAAGCUGAAGAAGGAUUUCCGGGAUGAGCAGUGUGCCGACUUCGACGGGAAGCACUUCAACAUCAACGGGCUGCCCACCAAUGUGCGCUGGGUUCCCAAAUACAGCGGCAUCCUGAUGAAGGACCGGUGCAAGCUGUUCUGCCGGGUGGCGGGGAACACGGCCUAUUACCAGCUGCGGGACCGGGUCAUCGACGGGACGCCCUGCGGCCCCGACACCAACGACAUCUGCGUGCAGGGCCUCUGCCGGCAAGCUGGAUGUGAUCAUGUGCUGAAUUCAAAAGCAAGAAGAGAUAAAUGUGGUGUUUGUGGUGGGGAUAAUUCUUCAUGCAAAACUGUUGCAGGCACAUUUAACACGGUGCAUUAUGGUUAUAACGUUGUGGUUCGCAUCCCAGCUGGUGCCACUAACAUUGAUGUGCGCCAGCACAGUUACUCAGGGAAACCAGAGGAUGACAACUACCUGGCCUUAUCUAACAGUCAAGGAGACUUUAUAUUAAAUGGAGACUUUGUCGUCAGUAUGUUUAAAAGGGAAAUCAAAGUUGGGAAUGCUGUGAUCGAAUACAGCGGCUCCGAUAAUACUAUUGAAAGGAUUAAUUCUACAGAUCGGAUUGAGCAAGAAAUAACACUUCAGGUUUUAUCAGUGGGCAAUUUGUACAAUCCUGACGUUCGUUACACGUUCAAUAUCCCUAUUGAGGACAAACCUCAGCAGUUUUACUGGAAUGAGCAUGGCCCAUGGCAGCCCUGCAGUAAGCUCUGCCAAGGAGAACGAAAAAGGAAGCCUGUGUGUAAGAGAGAGUCAGACCAGCUCACGGUGUCAGACCAGCGAUGCGAUCGAAUUCCCCAGCCUGACCCCACCACUGAGCCUUGUAACACAGAAUGUGAAUUAAGGUGGCACAUCGCGAGGAAGAGCGAGUGCACGGCGCAGUGCGGGCUGGGCUACCGCACCCUGGAGAUCUACUGCUCCAAGUACAGCCAGCUGGAGGGCAAGAUAGAGAAGGUGGAUGACCGCUUCUGCAACAGCCAGGCCAAGCCCAGCACGAGGGAGAAGUGCACUGGAGACUGUAACGUGGGAGGAUGGCGGUACUCGGCCUGGACUGAGUGCUCCAAGAGCUGCGGCGGGGGCACGCGGCGGCGCCGAGCCAUGUGUGUGAACACCUACAACGACGUCCUGGACGACAGCAAGUGCAGCCAGCAGGAGAAACUGACGGUGCAGCGAUGCAGUGACUUCUCGUGCCCACAGUGGAAAACUGGCGACUGGUCCGAGUGCUUGGUCACCUGUGGAAAAGGGCACAAGCACCGCCAGACGUGGUGCCAGUUUGGAGAAGAUCGAUUGAACGACAGGUUUUGCGACCCCAAGACGAAGCCGGAGUCGGUGCAGAUGUGCCAGCAGCAGGAGUGUGCCUCGUGGCAAGUGGGGCCGUGGGGCCAGUGCACUGUGACUUGUGGCCAAGGCUACCAGAUGAGAGCAGUGAAGUGUGUUGUGGGCACCUACGUGUCAGUGGUGGAUGAUAAUGAGUGUAAUGCUGCAACCAGGCCUACAGAUACCCAGGACUGUGAAAUAGCUGUAUGUCCUUCCCAUCCAAAUAGUCCUGAAGCCAAGAGAGCCAUAUCAGGCAUUCACAGAACGCAGUGGAGAUUUGGAUCCUGGACACCGUGCUCCGCAACGUGUGGGAAGGGAACCCGGAUGAGAUAUGUCAGCUGCCGGGAUGACCAGGGCUCUGUGGCCGAUGAGUCAGCUUGUUUCCACCUUCCAAAGCCAUCAGCCACGGAAAUGUGCACCGUGACACCGUGCGGGCAGUGGAAAGCCUUGGAGUGGAGCUCUUGCUCGGUGACUUGUGGUCAAGGUAAGGCAACGCGACAAGUGAUCUGCAUCAAUUACAGUGACCAGCUGGUGGAUAGGAGCGAGUGUGACCCAGAAGACCUCCCUGCCACCGAGCAAGACUGCUCCAUGUCUCCUUGUCAUCCAAACAGCCAUGACUACGGCAGGCCCAUCCCCCCUUUCCUCUAUCCGGAUCAUCGCCUCAAGCCGCACCCCGGGGGCAGCCCGAACCGAAACCGUGCACAUAUACCAGGAGGCAAUCAGUGGAGGAUUGGCCCUUGGGGUGCUUGCUCUAGCACGUGUGCUGGGGGGUUCCAGCGGCGGGUGGUGGUGUGCCAGGAUGAAAACGGAUACACCGCAAAUAACUGCGAUGAGAAAAGCAAACCCAUGGAGCAGAGAUCGUGCGAGUCUGGCCCCUGCCCUCAGUGGGCCUAUGGCAACUGGGGAGAGUGCACAAAGCCAUGCGGAGGAGGGACAAGGACACGGCUGGUGGUGUGCCAGCGCCCUAAUGGAGAAAGGUUUACGGAUCUGAGCUGUGAAAUCCUUGACAAGCCACCAGACAGAGAGCAGUGCAAUGUGCAGGACUGUCCUAGAGAUGCUGCCUGGAGUGCUGGUCCUUGGAGCUCGUGUUCUGUCUCCUGUGGAAGGGGCCAAAAGCACCGCAGUGUGUACUGUUUGUCAAAGGAAGGGAGGCAUGUAGAAGAAGAGAAUUGUAAACACCUUGCUAAGCCCAACGUGCAAAAGAAAUGCAGAGGGGGCAGAUGUCCGAAGUGGAAAGCAGGAGAUUGGGGCCAGUGCUCCGUGUCCUGCGGCCGGGGCGUCCAGCGCCGCUCCGUGCAGUGCCACAGCGGCACCCCGAAGGCAGCCCAGGAGGCCGAGUGUGACCCGGCCAGCCGGCCACCUCCGGAGCGGGACUGUCACCUCCCCGAGUGCCCCACGCAGCGCUGGGCAGCCGGAGAAUGGCAGCCGUGCACGAAGACGUGUGGGGAGGCGUCCCGGUUCCGCAAGGUGUUCUGUGUGGAUGAGAGCAAGCAGCUGCAGAGCAGCAGCUACUGCGACCCCAGCAAACGCCCCGCCGAGAUGGAGAGCUGCGGGCUGCCCCCCUGCGAGUACAUCUGGAUCACGGGAGAGUGGUCAGAGUGCUCCGUCACCUGUGGGAAGGGAUACAGGCAGCGCCUCGUGUCCUGCAGUGAGAUUUACACCGGGAAGGACCACUACGAGUACGGGUACCAGAACAUGGUCAACUGUCCUGGCACACAGCCCCCCAACAUCCAGCCCUGCUACCUCGGAGAGUGCCCCAUCUCGGCCUCCUGGCGCGUCGGCAACUGGGGAAGUUGCUCUGUCACCUGUGGAGUUGGGGUCAUGCACCGCUCAGUGCAGUGUUUGACCAACGAUGACCAGGUCAGCAACUUGUGCCAUGUGGACCUGAAACCUGAAGAGAGGAGGACAUGCCACAAUGUCCAUGACUGUGACUUACCAAGGAGUUGCAAAGAUGUUAAACAUCUCAAAGGUGUCACUGAAGAUGGUGAAUAUUUCCUGCAAGUCAAAGGAAAGACAUUAAAGGUGUAUUGCUCUGGGAUGCAGACUGACAGCCCAAAGGAGUAUGUGACCCUUGUAAACGGGGAUGCAGAGAAUUUUUCAGAGGUGUAUGGAUACAGAUUGCAUAACCCGACCGAGUGUCCAUAUAACGGGAGCAGACGAGAAGACUGCCAGUGUAGGAAAGAUUACACAGCAGCUGGGUUUUCCACCUUCAGCAAAGUAAGGCUGGACCUGAACACUAUGCAAAUAAUAACAACUGAUUUACAGUUUGCACAGACACAUGAUGGACGACCUGUUCCUUAUGCCACUGCUGGGGACUGCUACAGUGCUGCCAAAUGCCCGCAGGGUCGCUUCAGCAUAGACCUUUAUGGGACAGGCCUGUCCCUAAUGGGAACAGCCAAGUGGCUCUCACAAGGGAAUUACGCGGUGUCGGAAAUUCAGAAAUCCCCAGAUGGUACCAAAGUAGUAGGAAGAUGUGGUGGUUACUGUGGGAAGUGCACUCCAUCAUCUGGAACAGGCCUCGACAUUCAGGUGUUAUAGUAGUGGUUCUCUGGGAGCAGCCAAGGGAAAUAAGAGAUGGAUGAAGGAUAGUGAUGCAAUACCUCUGCCUUCCACUUUUAUAUCUGUGUAUAUGUGUAUAUAGAUUGCAUAUUCCUAAUGUACAGUAUAAUAUUUAUGUUUGGGAUUAUUUAUUUUGAUUUAAUAUUUUUGUACGUAAAAUCAUUAUAUUAAGGCUGCUUUUACUAUUUUUAUUUUUUAUUGUUAAAUUCUGCAGUCAAACCACUGCAUUUUGCAUACUCUACAUUAUAUGUAGCAUUAUGACAAGUGAUACUUUAUUGUCACUGUAUUCAGUUGUUUACUUUCAGUCAGUAAUUUUCCUUCAGUUAAGGGCUGCUUUGGCCCUCCACGGUGCUACACAAUCUGCAUAGGGGUAUUUUUGGCAUUUCAAUCUGUCUUUAUGUGAGGAAAUUAGACAAGAUGUGCUUAAAUUUUUAUUUUUAGGGAUUAGGCUGACAGCACUCAAGGAAAACAUGACAAUGAAUACUGUGCUAGUUGCAUUAGCAAUCUUUUAUCUUUUAGGUAUGUUUUAAAUUUCACAUGACCUCUGUGGCCAGUGCUGAAAGGCCUGGUUUGGUGCUAACAUGAUAUUUAUUAAUGCUCUGUAGUUUUAGUUAAUCCAGUGCCUUUAUCAUUGAAGAAAGGGAUAAAGCAGAAAAAUUGUCAGGCAAUUCAAUCAAGAUCUACCCGAGGUUUUGGAAAAUUCCUGCAGAUGGAUCUUCAGCUCAAGCCCCUUUUUUUUAGAGUUCUGAAGUGAACUCACUUUUUAAAAAAGCAUAUCUUUGUCUCCUAAUUGCAUGUGCCACUGUGCUUCCUGACUCCAUCUGGAAGCGGGGUAUUAACUCAUCCCAGACAGGCUGAUCAGGCCAUAUGUUUCCCUGGGCUGUGUGCUCAGAAGAGAUGCCUUUUCUCACAGACUUUGUUACAAAAUCCUAGCGUGAAGCUGAAAGCAUCCCUGUGGUGUUCCCUCCCCGUGGGGCUGGUGAGGACCAUGGGGACAGCACGCCCCAGGGAUGGGGACAGCACGCCCAGCCAAACACCCCUUCUCUUGGCCAGGGUACUCCCCUGCAGGCAUUUGCAGCAUUUCCCCAGCUUCCUACUCACUCCCAGACCAUCUGCAAGGGAGGCUUCACUGCCUCCUUUCAACAAGAUCACUCUGUACCUACAGAUGAUUCUGCCCCCCCUUCAAAAGCAAGCCGCUUUACGCCUACUCCUGUGUUGCUUUGGAUCUUCCUGGUAAGGCAUCUGUGCUCCUCGCCUCUCCUCAUUCCCAUGUGCAGCCAGACAUUUGCUGUUGGCUUUUUUUUAAUCAAACUGCGAGCCUGUCCCUUAGGUGUGGUGGCUCCUGCCUGUACAUAGCCCUCUGCCUGUGGCACGCCACGCUUUCACAGAGCUUUGCAGCACAUUGAACGGGGCUGAUGUGACCAGGUUCUUGUUGUAGUCUGUGACUAUGUUCCUUAGCGCUUUCUCCACAACUUUACUUAGUGAUAGGAAGGUGCUGCCCUUUCACCUUACAUGUGGAGGCAGCCAGGAGCACAAAGUACAAGGAAAGGAAGCUUUUCAGCACAAAAUUACCAGCAGUUUGGGAAACCAAAGAGGCUUAUCUGCUACUCCAGAUAACUCUUCCCAUUUUGGAUGCAAGCAGUUACCAAACACAACCUCGGGAUCUUGUGUGAGUCUUUUACAGAGCUCCCCAAAGGAUGUGUAAUCAGUGUGUUACAAAAGAGUGGGAUCAAAGAUGAUAAAGGAUGUGAUCCCUGGAUUUAUAACCUGUGUGUGCCGGGCUGUGUUCAGCCUUUGGAGUGAAACCUGUCAGCCUGCCAAUCAGGCCCUGACACAUUCCUGUCAGCUGGGAGACAUCUCACAGGCAGGGAUGUGGUGCAGCCUGGCAGCUGAAGAACUGGUGAAGGAAAGAGGAAAAAGGGAAAGAGAAAGAGAAAAAAGGGAAAGGGGAAAGGACUAAAAAUGGAAUAGUGAUUUUUCUAAUGAUAGUUGCUUAUGUAUAAAUUCUGUAGGGGAAAAGGGAAAAUUGCACUAUGAACUUUAGAAAGAAAUAGUGGUGCUUUACCACUGGAAGUGAAUUGCUAUUUAUAAAAAGAAAUACUGUUUUGACCUGUACACAUUCAUUUUUACCAUCUAGUUUCAGAGUAGCUAUUAACAGAGCUAGCAGAACCUAAAAAAUACAAAAUAAACUAUAAGGGAAAAAAUGACAGAGCACUGAUCCUGACAUUGCUUAAGAGUCACCAUUAAAUAGAGCAGAUUUUGAGGAUCAGAGACAAUAGACAUUUCUUGUUCAGGAAAGAACUCUGGAUUUUAUAUAUCAAUGCCAUUAUUUUUCUACAAACUGGGGUAUUUUUUUGCAAGCACUUUCCUGUACAAUGUUUCUUUUCUUUCUGCUUUUACUCAAAAGGAAAUGAGAAUACCUGUAUGGCAUGUCUGUAUGGUCUUGCUGCAUUUGCCAUCGUAUUUCAAUACCUGUGUGCUACUAUAGAGGCAAAAUACUUUGUACACAAGGGAAUAAUACAUUGAAUGGUAAACAUUC